ACGACGCCGGGUAUCCUAUGUAAAAACGUACCCAUCCCAGAGUUGUCAUGCAACUCUGCAUGCCAAACAAGUUUCUCAUGCGGAGCCCUAUGAGAAGCAUUUUCUGUUCGUGUUUUGGAAUUUGUGAUGCUAGAAUCAGCAUGGUAGGCUAGAUCUGUAAUGCUUCGGAGCUAGCGAAACAGGAUUACACUACGAGGACAGACUUGUCAUGCCAAACAACCAAAGCUGUGUGAUUUGUCUAGCAGAUUUGCCAACUUGACUCUGGUGUGGGGACGUUUUUAAUCAGGAUACCGGGCGGAGGUUCUUCUUCGGGUGCAGCAGCAAAGUGGCCCAGAAGUGGUGCAGCUGGCACCUCCUCGUUUACUAUCCCUUUGGUGGUGGACCACAGUAUUUCAUCUACUUGCUCUAUGGAUGUGUCAGAAUCGAAAUCGACAAAGUCGAAAAAUUUGUGAUGCAUAAAAUGUAGGGCACUGCGGGCCUGUAUUGGAGAGCAGGCAAAUGAGACCGAUUGUAAGCCUGUUUAGGGGUAUGCAAUCUGCUGCCAGAGUAGCAUGAGAGGAGCAGUCUUCUUUGCCCAAACAGCAUGACAGACUCGAUCUGGGUGCUCCCGAAAUUUGUCAUGCGCCGCUUGGAAACUGAGGCUCCAACUGGUAUCGAUUUUAUGCAUCACAAGUUUUUCGAUUUUGUCAAUUUCGAUUCUGACACUUUCAUACGCUCCCCAAUGUCCUCCUCCACGAGCCUAGGAGAGCAGAACAAGGAGGACCACAGAACAGAGGUUUUGCGAUCGAAAAUCCCUUCAAAGAUCGUGUUUUCCGCCGCCGCCAAGCGCCAGGCCUUCCAACAGCAGAAAAAUAAAACCAACGG